UGAGAAGGCCAUGAGAGCAGCAGCCCUCUCCGUGCCAAGGCUGGACAAGAUGCCAGGAAUGUUCUUCUCUCCUAACCCAAAGGACUUGAAAGAAACUGACCACUCACCUUUGGAUGACAAAACGCAAAAAAGGAGACCAAGAACUUUUGGAAUGGACAUGAAAGCUUACCUGAGAUUUAUGGUGCCACAUCUGGAAUCGGGAAUGAAAUCUUCCAAGUCCAAGGACAUACUUUCUGCUGAUGAAGUAAUGCAGUGGUCUCAAUCUCUCGAAAAACUUCUUGCUAACCGAACUGGUCAAGAUGUGUUUGGAAAUUUCCUAAAGUCUGAGUUCAGUGAAGAGAAUAUUGAAUUCUGGCUGGCUUGUGAAGACUAUAAGAAAACAGAGUCUAGUCUUUUGCAUUCCAAAGCAGAGAACAUAUAUAAAGUAUUUGUGCAUUCAGAUGCAGCUAAACAAAUCAACAUUGACUUUCACACUCGAGAAUCUACAGCCAAAAAGAUUAAAUCACCUACUCCAACAUGUUUUGACGAAGCCCAAAAAAUCAUAUAUUCUCUUAUGGAAAAGGACUCUUAUCCCAGGUUCCUGAAAUCAAAUAUUUACUUAAAUCUUCUAAAUGACCUUCAGGCUAGUAGCCUAAAGUGACUGGCUUCUGGGUGAAGGGAACUGAAAUGAUGGUAUCAAGGACAGAAGAGAUGUGAGCCAGACUGGCUGCCUGGGUGACCGUUGGUCCCCGAGGAAGAGCAAGAGACUCCGAGUGUCUGAACAUGGAAGUUAUUCACACAGGACUAAAGGAGCACAAGCAACAUAAACACUGAGAGACUAGUGAAGGACAAUAGGAUGGCACUGUCAUGAAAUGCAGCUGAUCUCUCUCUUAGAAAAUCCCUCAGAACUGAAAAGACAAAGUAACACUGGUUCUACAGAAAGUGUGAAUAAAACUUAGGAGGCUGAUGACAGAAUUCUAUAAGCUUCAAGUUCAACUGACACUUAUGCUACGUACUGUUGUAUAAAUAUUGUAUGUGCUGCUGAAAUCUUCUUAAUUUGGAUAACUAUUUCAAAAGUAUUAUAUGUAUUUAAAAAUCAUGAUUGCUAUUAUUAUUAUUAUCUUCUAUGUAUUUGGUACAGGGUCUCACUA